UCUCCUCCCGGCUCCGCCCCUUGCGCUGCACGUCCCGCCCAUAGCUGGGUAGCGGCAGGACAGGAGUCCGGUGGUGUCCCGUGAUGCAGCGCGCCGAGCGGUUUAGCCCCGGGGCCCCGGAGGAGGAUGACAGGCGGGAGAGGAGGGCACGGGAGGUCUGACAGCAGCACCAUGAGCGGGGGAGGAGGAGGUAGUAGCACUGCCCCGGGCCGUUUCGCCGAUUAUUUCGUGAUCUGUGGGCUGGACACUGACACCGGCCUGGAGCCUGACGAGCUGUCGGCGCUAUGUGAGUACAUACAGGCUUCUAAAGCCAGAGACGGGGUCGGACGUUUCUUACCCAGUGCUGCUGAAGGGGAGAAUUUUGAGCAGACUCCUCUGCGCCGCACCUUUAAAUCCAAAGUCUUGGCGCGGUACCCAGAGAACGUGGAGUGGAACGCCUUCGACCAGGACGCAGUGGGCAUGCUAUGCAUGCCUAAAGGAUUAUCGUUUAAGACUCAGGCCGACCCCCGAGAGGCACAGUACCACGCGUUCAUCAUCACAAGAGAAGAUGGCUCUAGGACAUUUGGCUUCUCUCUCACCUUCUUUGAGGAAGUCACCAGCAAGCAGAUUUGCAGCGCCAUGCAGACCCUGUACCACAUGCAUAACGCCGAGUAUGACAUCAUCCACACGUCGGCGAGCAACGGCAGAGACUGCCCCGAGGACUGCAACGAUGGCUCCAUAACCAAACUGCAGCGCUUCAACUCCUACGACAUUUCCCGAGAUACUUUGUUUGUGUCCAAGUGCAUCUGCCUCAUCGCCCCCAUGUCUUUCAUGAGCGCCUGUAAGAAAGUCCUGGAGCAGCUCCAUCAGGCUGUGACGUCCCCCCAGCCCCCACCGUUACCCUUAGAAAGUUACAUUUAUAACAUCCUCUAUGAGGUUCCUCUGCCACCCGCUGGCAGGUCCCUGAAGUUUUCUGGGGUGUAUGGACCUAUCGUGUGUCAGAGGCCGAGCACCAAUGAGCUGCCCUUGUUUGACUUUCCCGCCCAGGAAGUGUUUGAGUUACUAGGGGUGGAAAACGUGGUGCAGCUGUUUACGUGCUCCCUGCUGGAAUUCCAGAUAUUGCUCUACUCCCAACAUUACCAGAGGUUAAUGACAGUGGCUGAGACCAUCACGGGCCUGAUGUUCCCAUUUCAGUGGCAACACGUCUACGUCCCAAUCCUGCCGGCCUCCCUCCUCCAUUUCUUGGAUGCGCCGGUCCCUUACCUAAUGGGAUUGCACUCUAAUGGGCUGGAUGACAGAUCUAAGCUGGAGCUGCCGCAAGAGGCCAACCUGUGUUUUGUGGACAUAGACAACCACUUUAUCGAGCUGCCCGAAGAUCUUCCGCAGUUCCCCAACAAGCUGGAAUUUAUACAGGAAGUAUCCGAGAUCCUAAUGGCCUUCGGGAUCCCUCCAGAAGGGAAUCUGCACUGCAGCGAGAGCAUCUCCAAGCUAAAGAGCCUAAAGUCCGCCGACAUUGUGUCCGACAAGAGGAACGGAAACCUGGCCGGAUCCCCAUUAAACUCUUAUGAACUUUUAAAAGAGAACGAAACUAUGGCCAGGCUUCAGGCGUUGGUGAAGAGGACGGGGGUCAGUUUGGAAAAGCAGGUGGAGGUCCAGGAGGAGUCCAGCAGCAAGAAGGACAGCAGAGCUCACUGUGAUGAAGAGGAGCUCCGAAUGCACCAACUCAACAUCCAGGUCCGGGAAGUCUUUGCCAACCGCUUCACUCAGAUGUUUGCGGAUUACGAGGUGUUUGUGAUUCAGCCCAGCCAAGACAAGGAAUCCUGGUUCACUAACAGGGAGCAAAUGCAGAAUUUUGAUAAAGCCUCUUUUCUGUCUGACCAGCCAGAACCCUACCUUCCGUUUCUCUCCCGAUUCCUGGAGACGCAGAUGUUCGCCUCCUUCGUUGACAAUAAAAUCCUGUGCCACGACGAUGAUGACAAGGAUCCAAUUUUACGGGUAUUUGAAUCGCGACUGGAUAAAAUCCAUCAGCUAAACGUCAGGACCCCGACUCUCCGCACGUCCAUGUAUCAGAAGUGCACCGCUAUCGAAGAAGCUGUAAAAGCCAUAGAGCAGCGACUGUCCAAAAUAGAUCACACGGCAAUCCACCCUCAUCUGUUGGAUAUGAAGAUCGGCCAAGGGAAGUACGAGCCUGGAUUCUUCCCCAAACUUCAGUCAGACGUCCUUUCCACAGGACCAGCCACAAACAAGUGGACCAAGAGGAAUGCACCGGCACAGUGGAGGAGGAAGGACAGACAGAAGCAGCACACGGAGCACCUUAGGCUGGACAAUGACCAGAGAGAGAAAUACAUUCAGGAAGCACGAAAUAUGAGCACCGGCAUCCGGCAACCCAAACUGUCCAACCUGUCGCCCUCUGUGAUUGCUCAGACCAACUGGAAGUUUGUGGAAGGGCUGCUGAAGGAAUGUCGGAACAAGACAAAGAGAAUGCUGGUGGAGAAGAUGGGAAGAGAAGCGGUAGAGCUGGGCCAUGGAGAAGUGAGCAUUACAGGGGUAGAGGAGAACGCUCUGAUCGCAAGUCUGUGUGACCUGCUGGAGAGAAUCUGGAGCCACGGUCUGCAAGUGAAGCAGGGGAAGUCAGCCUUGUGGUCCCACUUACUGCAUUACCAGGAGAACAGGAGAAGAGUUAUUGGGGGCAGUCUCUGUGGAUCAGAUGUGGUACUGGACUGUGAAAGAAGGAAGUCUGAUCCUUUCCCCGUCAUGUACCCUCUAAAGAUCUCACUUGUACAGGAUAUGAGGCAUAUUCAGAACAUCGGGGAAAUCAAGACGGAUGUAGGGAAGGCUCGAGCGUGGGUCAGGCUGUCUAUGGAAAAGAAACUUCUAUCCCGGCACCUGAAGCAGCUGCUGUUGGAUCAUGAUCUCACCAGAAAGCUGUACAAGCGUUACGCCUUCCUGCGCUGCGACGAUGAGAAGGAACAGUUCCUCUAUCAUUUGCUCUCCUUCAAUGCUGUGGAUUAUUUCUGCUUUACCAACGUGUUUACAACCAUCCUGAUCCCCUACCACAUCCUAACUGUCCCUAGCAAGAAGCUCGGUGGGUCCAUGUUCACAGCCAACCCAUGGAUCUGUAUAUCAGGGGAGCUGGGGGAGACUGGUGUACUGCAGGUCCCCAGGAAUAUUCUAGAGAUGACAUAUGAGUGCCAGAACCUUGGGAAGCUGACAACGGUACAGAUAGGCCACGACAAUUCUGGCCUGUAUGCCAAAUGGCUGGUGGAAUACGUCAUGGUCCGGAAUGAAAUAACUGGACACACUUACAAGUUCCCCUGUGGACGCUGGCUAGGGAAAGGGAUGGAUGAUGGCAGCCUGGAGCGUGUGCUGGUUGGAGAUCUGCUUACGUCAAGUAAAGACACUGACGAGAAGCCGUGCCAGACCCCUCCCCUGCAGCACUCCCCCAGCAUGAUCAGGAGGCUUGUGGCUAUAUCCCCCAACAGCCGACCAAAAUUAAAUACGGGUCAGAUCCAGGAGGCUAUUGGAGAAGCAGUGAACGGCAUUGUGAAACAUUUCCAUAAACCGGAGAAAGAGAGAGGCAGUUUAACAUUAUUACUGUGCGGGGAGAACGGACUGGUCUCUGCCCUUGAACAAGUUUUCCAGCACGGAAUCCGAUCCCCUCGGCUCUUCAAAAGCAUCUUCAUCUGGGACUUCUUAGAAAAAGCACAAGCGUAUUAUGAUAGUCCUGAUGUGAAUGAAUUGGUGCCAGAAGAGGAUUGGCAGAAACGGGCCCGGAAUUUUUCCUGCUUUAUUAACGCCAUUAACAACAACCCGAGAAAUAUUGGAAAAGAUGGCAAGUUUCAGAUGUUUGUUUGCUUAGGAGCCCGGGACCACCAUUUGCACCACUGGAUUGCACUGCUGGCCGAUUGCCCCAUUAUAGCACAAAUGUACGAGGAGACGGCGCUAAUCAAGGACCACACGCUGGUGAACUCUCUAAUCCGAGUGUUGCAAACACUACAGGAGUUUAACAUCACCUUAGAAAGCUCCCUCAUUAAAGGAAUCAAUAUCUGAACCAUCCUGAAGGAUACAGCGAGCGAUCGUUCACCCCCUGCAGCGGGUAGAGACGUCUCUAUGCCCCCCAAGUCUCGCCACAAAGAAAAGGGGGGCUGCUGGGAGCGUCCGAGGAUUAGCAAGUCAGAUGCAAACGUCAUUCCUUCUGCGACCGACUGGUUAAAGGAAAGGGCCGUGCCUCUUUUCUCGUUUGUUUUUAUCAUACGGAAGUGGUGAAAGUGAAUAUUGCACACCGUGCUGCCAUACUGAUUGCUUAUGUCUAAUGAUGUUGCACUCAUGACGUCUCAAGGUCACAGUGAAAGAUUCCCCCCCAUCCCUUUAAAUAUAUGUCACAUUGUAAAGUUAUUUGCUUUAAAGGCAUGUCAUCACUUAUUUGCUGUUACAGAAAUGUAUAUGUAUGUAUAUUUUCAUAUUAUUGUGCUAGAUCCUGGUGUUAGAGCAGCAACAACUCUCUGUUAGAGUCUCCUCACUUAUAAUUUCCCGUGUCAGUAUUACUGUCUGUGAUCAGAGGGGCGGAGCCAUUUUAUAUUACGCUACACAAACACAGUGUUUUUUGUUUUUUUUAUAACCCCCCACUUUAUUUAUUUAUUGGAGUGUUUGUAAUUUUGUCAUUUUCUGGAACAAAGAUGUGCCAGCCACGACUACAACACCCGCAAUCCAAAAUGGUUCUGGGUGUUAAAGGGGAGGUUCACCUUUAAGUUCACUUUUAGCAACUUUUUAUUUGUCGUCAUUAUUUAUUGUGUAUAGUAUUUUAAUGAUUUGCCUUUUUUUCUGACUCUUUCCAGCUUUAAAAUGUGGGUCACUGACCCCAUCUAAAAAACAAAUGCUCUGUAAGGCUAAAUAUUUAUUGUUAUUGCUACUUUAUUAUUCAUCUUUCUAUUCAGGCCUCUCCUAUUCAUAUUCCAGUCUCUUAUUCAAAUCAAUGCAUGGUUGCUAGGGUAAAUUGGACCCCAGCAACCAGAUGGCUGAAAUUGCAAACUGGAGAGCUGCUGAAUAAAAAGCUAAAUAAGUCAAAAACCACAAAAAAUACAAAAUGAUAACCAAUUGUAAAUUGUCUCGGAAUAUGAUUCUCUACAUAGUACUGAAAGUUAACUCAAAGUUGAACAACCCUUUAACGUUCUGGCCGGCUGGAUAUCUAACAAUGGUGUAUGGUUAUACAAUGGUUAUACAAUGGUUAUACAAUGGCAGUGGAUGGUUUCUUUAUUGCAUAGUGCCCUACCCCUGAGUCUUUUAUAAGCUGCUUAAUGUCAUUUAGUUCUUAUUUGCCCGCAACUCCCUCAUCCUGCUGCUUCUCUGGCCUCCUACCAUGCAAUAACUACUGCGCUGGCAGCCAUAGGAACUGUUCCAGAAUGACCGGACCUCUGUCACGCUAUUUUCUAACUGUGCUAGACUUUAAAUAAAUAAUCCUACACUCACUGUUGGUCAGCUGGAUCAUAACCGAGAGGCACUUUUGCACAGAGCAGGCUAAAAAUAAAUAUAUUUACACAAUA